UUCGCCAUCUUGAUCGGUUCGUACCAGACCUGGGUUGGCGACUAACACAAUCCAUCGUCAUCUUCCACACAUUGGUUCCCUGUGGCAUACACAGCCAUGAGUGGGGGAAUUCCAUACUUAGGAAGUAAAAUAAGCCUAAUUUCGAAGGCUGGCAUUCGAUAUGAAGGCAUUUUGUAUACAAUCGAUCCCAAUGAAUCGACUGUUGCAUUGGCCAAAGUGAGAUCAUUUGGCACAGAAGAUCGACCAACAGACAGGCCAGUGGCUCCACGCGAUGAAAUUUUUGAGUACAUCAUAUUUCGAGGGAGUGACAUCAAGGAUUUGCAUGUUUGUGAACCCCCUAAAGCAGCACAACAGCAGCAGCCGCAACACCAGCCACCACAAGACCCUGCCAUAGUAAAAUCCUCUCAGCCUGUGGCUCCUCCCUCCUUUCAACAGCAACCAGCAGUGGCCCCAGGUUUUGCAGGCCCCUCGUACCAGCCCUUUGGAGGCCCUCCACUUUACAGUCAAUAUGGUCAAGCACCAGGAAAUGCUCCACAGCCAUUUUCCACACAGCCGCACCAUGGACAUGGUUCUCGUGGGCCAUCACCCACUCUUAAUCGAGUAUCCCCUACCAUGGACCAAGGUAUACAGGUUGGCUCACAGCCUGCUGCUAUAGGCGCUAUCAGGAGACCUGGUUCUCGUGGUCCCACCCCUCCACUGCCAAAUAGGAAAUCUCCAACACUUGACCAAAGCACCCAACAUCCAAGUUCUAGUCCAGAUAAGUCAGAAAGACAACAGCAGCAAUCACAUCAGCAACAGCAAGGCUAUAAUCAGGGUUUACAGGAACGACGAGAACAACGAAGGGGUGCACCAAAUCAGAGACCUCCAUCAGCAUCUUACUCGCGUGGAAGGGGACAGAGUCGUGGUAAAAGUGUACCUGGGGGAGGAGCAGCAGCAGAAAGAGGAGGCUUCAGUGAUAGAGGUGGGAGAGAAACAAGAGGAGUUGGUCCCAGGGGACCCAGAGGAGGCAGUAGACCACCAAGGGGUGGGGGCAGACCUCAGUCUGGACGCCCCACAGAAUCUCCACUCAAAUUUGAAGGAGAGUUCGAUUUUGAAAGUUCGAAUGCUCAAUUUGACAAGGAGGAAAUUGAGCGUGAACUUAAACAAAAGCUUACAAUUUCGGAUAAAGUUCCAACAACAAACGGUGAAAAAGAAGGAAGCAUAGAGAAUGGUGGUGAUAACUCAAGUACCAAUAACCCCCCAGAAGAGGAAGAAGAUGAUUUGUUUUACGACAAAGCAAAAUCUUUCUUUGACAAUAUUAGCUGUGAAGCAACAGAAAGAGCAAAAGGAUCAACAAGAACUAGUUGGAGAGAAGAACGAAAACUUAAUGUAGAAACAUUUGGUGUUUCUGAUUAUCCUCGAAGGAAUUUCCGGGGUGGUCGAGGAUAUGGUAACCGUGGAUACCGAGGAGGCCGUGGUGGUUAUUUCCGGGGCCCGACAAGAGGUGGUCCAAGAGGAGGAGGACGAUGGAAUAAUGGCCCACAAAGGGGAGGAGGGAGAAACAGGAGUCAGGGUUGGGUGGAUUAUAACUAUGACUAUGAGGCAGCUGGUAUCAACAGGCCAAGAGAUGGGUCAGCUAAACAGAAAGUACCAGCUCAGGCAUAGAUUCUUGAAGUGAUCAAGUGCAAGGAACACCAAACACGCAAUCCUGCCACAUAAGUGAGAGAUGUCGGACAAGAUGAUGCCACAUAUUCAUGCUGUCAGUCUUCGGAUGUGGGCUUGUUCACAUUGUAGUGCUUGUUGAAGAAAAGAUAACAUUGUUGGUCAACAAUACAAAUGGAGAGAAAAAGAUACGAACAAAUAUUUCUGAUAACUAGUCUGAAAUGUAAAGGUACAAUACAGGUGCUGAAGGUCCUGUUAGAUUCGUCCUGUUCUUAUUUUGUUUGUCCAUUUUGUGUUUUAUUUAUAAUUUUGCCACCUGAAUAAGUUUUUAGUAAGUGUGGCGAAGUUGCUGAAGUGAUGCGUGUAACUAGGUGGACUAAACAAUGUUGGUUCACAAGGAAACAUCAUACUUUACGAACCACAUGGAUAUAGUUUCUGUGAAAAAGGCAGAGAAAGAUAUUUGUGAUCAAUUCCCACAGACACUUGACAGAAAUCUGUGGUCAGGGUCUUGUCUGUCAGUGUAUUUAAAAUGUGUUCAUCAUAUUUGGUUUGUACGUCAUUGUGAUAUCAUUAUACAUUUGUGACAACUUCACCCCAGAAUAUGGGACAUUUGAUUUCUACAACUGAAAGGUGAUGUUAUGGAAAUGUCCUUGUAUUCUGUAGAACGAGGUGGGAAUCUGUCGAAUAAUGCGUGUACAUGUAAAAAGUCGACAUUGACUUGUCCUCUACACAGAUCAAGUUGAACUUGAUUGACAGUUACAGAUUGUUUGCACCUUUUUUUCUGUCUGUAAACUAGGAUUCAGAAACUUAAUUACUGGUGAUGUAGUUUUUAUUUAAGAACAAUUUUGCUGACUUAAGCUUUAACUCACCUACAAAAGUGACAACAUUGACUUCAAUGACUACUUUCUUGUUACAACUGAAUUUUUUACUUGAAAAAAAAACAAAUCAAGAUAAAGGUGUUUCAAGAAUUUUACUUGAGAGUUUGAGUCCUUGUAUUCUCUGGAAGUAGAUUGUCUUUUUAAUUCCAACUAUAAAGCACUUAUUCAAAAUUUUACAGUAACUAAAAUCUCCGGGUUUUUCUUUUCUUUUCUUUUUAUGUUGACAUUAAAUUUACUAGAUUGAAACCAUUUUGAAAAUCAGUGCUCAAAAAAUGUCAUCUAUCAAUAGCAGAAUUUCCAGUUUUCCUGCCCAAUAUCUUAUAAUGUAAAAUAGUGCAACCUUGUUAGUCCCCACUAUUUUAAGCCAUUGAUGUCUUGUCAUAUUACAUAUAUAUAUAAUUUAAAACGGUGUGUUGGUAAUCUCAAUAACACACAUUAUAUGCAAGAUCUAUAUAAACCUGAAAUUAAAGCUGCUCAGUUAAUUGAAUUGUUUUUAAUCCAGAAGUAAAGUAACAAGGCUACUUACUUACUUCCAAACAAAAGAAAAUCUUAAGUUUUAAAAUUUCCUUAAUCUUCAAAAUCUGCUUAUUCUAUUAGAUGAUUUCAGCAGACUGAUGUUUCUAACUUGACAAAAAUGUUAACCAUGACAGAUUAUAACUAGAAAAAUAAUUUUGUACUUUAGGAUUUUUUACACCAAGAAUCAUUUGAUGGAUCAAUCGCUUUUUUGUGUAAUUAUCUUUGUGUCAUUUGUCAGACUUGAAUAAAUCACAAUUUAAAUUUCACAAAUAACGGACUUGCAUAUUAUAAGAGUGCUGGUGUGUUGAGAAAUAUGCCCAUUGAGGACAGCAGCCAGGACUGCUGAUAUGUGGCUGUUAUUAUGCAAUAUUAGGUUCUUACCACAAAAGGGACAUCAGAAAUCAAUGGUAAUAAAAUGAUGCAAUGAGA